GGUGCGCGCGGAGCCGGAGCGCACAGAAACAUCUGGCCGCUGCUCGGGGGCCACCUCGUGCUCUUCUUUCUGGAACAGCCACAAUUAUUUCACGCACAUCUGGAGUGGAGCGCAUAGGAGAGGAGAGGAGGAGGGGAGUGAAACUCUUCUUCCACUUCUUCCACUUUCUUGCGUUCCUUCAAGUGACCGUUGUCAGCAGCACCGCGGCCGGAGCGGACAGCGCCGCCGCCUCGGCAGCAUGGAGCCGUACACCGUCUCUGGAGCUCAGCUCCACCUGUCCGACCUCUACUCCGUCAUCCCUUACAACGCCACCUUCCCGUACGAGGAGACGCGCGACCGGCUGCAGAACUGCACCGGGCCGCGGGGUCCGGCCGGGAGCACCGGGGGCCUGAUCACAGCGAUCUGCAUCACGGCUCUCUACUCCGUCAUCUGCGUGGUGGGACUUCUGGGCAACGUGCUCGUCAUGUACGGGGUGGUCAGAUACACCAAGAUGAAGACGGCCACAAAUAUCUACAUCUUCAACCUGGCUCUUGCCGACGCGCUCGCCACCAGCACGCUGCCCUUCCAGAGCGCCAAAUACCUCAUGAACACCUGGCCGUUUGGGGAAGUCCUGUGCAAGCUCAUUAUCGCCAUUGACUACUACAACAUGUUCACCAGCAUCUUCACCCUGACCAUGAUGAGCGUGGACCGCUACAUCGCCGUGUGCCACCCUAUCAUGGCGCUGGGGUUUCGGACGCCGGUCAAGGCGAAAAUGAUCAACGUGCUCAUCUGGGCCCUGUCCUCCGCGAUCGGGGUGCCCAUUAUGUUCAUGGCUAUGACCAAAGUGAAUGCUAAUGGUAAGACCAUGUGCAUACUGAAGUUCUCUGAGCCGGAGUGGUACUGGGACACUGUGACAAAGAUCUGCGUCUUCAUCUUUGCUUUUGUGGUUCCCGUGACGGUCAUCAGCAUAUGUUACAGCCUGAUGAUCCUGCGUCUGAAGAGCGUUCGUCUGCUCUCGGGCUCCAAGGAGAAAGACCGCAACAUGCGCCGCAUCACCCGCAUGGUCCUGGUGGUGGUGGCUGCCUUCAUCGUCUGCUGGACCCCCAUCCACAUCUUCAUUAUCGUGAAGACCAUGGUGGCGAUUGACACAAGGAACCCCUUUGUGAUAGCCAGCUGGCACCUGUGCAUCGCAUUGGGGUACACCAACAGUAGCCUCAACCCCCUCCUCUAUGCAUUUUUGGAUGAAAAUUUUAAGCGGUGCUUUAGGGAUUUUUGCCUCCCUUGUCGGACCCACAUGCAGCAGCACAGUCUGACAAAAGGGCGCAACAACACCAGGGAGCUGGUAUCCGUCUGCACUCCGACAGAGGCGGAGAAGAAGCCUGCAUGACUAGGCAUGGAAAGGGUCCCUCAAAGCUCUCGCUCUAGGAGGAUCCAGCAAGAUCUGCAAUCAGAGGUCACCCAGAUCUCUACAACAGAGUUUUAAAAAAGAGAAGAACGAGAAAGAAUUGUGCCGAUUGGUCUCAGGCAAUUUGGCUGAGUGAGCAUUCAAAGGGAAUAAAGGUGACAGAAAGAGAAUGUGUUCUUCUUUUAUCGAAUGUGACGCCUUGCAUUGUGACGUGGGUCGACAUCCCAAAGAGUAUGUUCAGAUAUGAGGAAGAACAAUGAAGCAGAAGAUCCGCAGCUCACCAUAAGUCGUCCCAAACGGACCAGGAAACAAAGGUUCAGAUCAUCAGAGAGUAUUGUGAUUAUCGUCACUGACUGGCUGGUUAAGGAAUUACAACAAAAGAUGGGAUUCUAAAAUCCAUUUUCAAUUUGAUGUUUUAACAAACAUUUGCCUAGAAUUGUCCCCAAUUCAAUUCAACAGAGCAGGACUGAAACCCACCGACAGCUGGAUGAAUUAGAGUAGCUUGUAACUAAGUCAACCAAUCUCUACAUCGAGAAAUCUCCAACAAAAAUGGACACUUGUUUAUUUAUUUGAUUCCCUUUAGACUCUGCUGCCAUUAACUGUUUCUAACAGGACAUUAAAUUACAAUCGAGCCCACUUGUUGAGGUUUUGCGCUCCGAUGGAAGGUUCCAGAAUGGCAUUGAACCGCUGAGGCGUGGAUUUCUAUGGAAGUCUUUUCUGCACAUCAAUUGACUUUUCGUGAGUGGUGUUAAGACUUGAGACGUUUGAGGAGAAACGCUAAAGAAUGCCACGGAAGAAUAAGGUUGGCAGCCUCAGCGCUUCGCUCCCUUUGUUUGUGUAUAGUUGUAUAGUAGUAGUUUAGCUAUUGAAAGUGAUCUGAAGUCAAUGAAUAACUCAAACUGAGCAUCUUCUUGCCAGAAAUGCCUGUCCUUCGGGUCAACAAACAGAUUGCUUCAAGGUGAAUUUUGAUCUGCAUUUAAAUGACCUUAGUGUGGCCAUUUAUUCAGGUUCAUUUAUUUACUGCAAACGAUGAUAAAUCAAAUUGGAGAUUAAUAGAUGGUGUGCAUUUAACGAUCAUUUGAACUUUGCAUGAUGUGUCAGAAGUGAAUAUGGAGUCCAAAUAGAAUAUGACAAUGAAGUAUGAAAAAUUGGUGUUGACAUGCAAAGGUGUCAAAAAAUGCCAUAGUUUUCAAUGGUGAAAUGUUGACUUAAUGUGUUCAAUUUUAAAGUGAUGUAAAUUAUGACAGAAGCACUUGUGAUUACCAAAUGUAAAAAAAAAUAGUCAAUGACUGAAUUUGCAGAUAACGUAAAGCUUUUGCUUUUGAGCAAAUUCGGUUUCAGCCACAGGGAAAAUGACUGAUGUUUUCUUGUGAUUCUGUAUGCCAUCUUAGAUCUUACUAUUUCCCCAUGGAGACAAUACAGGCAGACUAUUCAGUGAUUUACAUUUCUUGCGCCGUGAUGCAUUCCUGCAUACUUUCCUAUUUAAAGUGUACAGUAAAUACAAGCUUAGCUUUGAGAAAGUGCUGCAUCUGUCCGAUGUGGAGGAAAUCUCAAAGCCAGUAUUCAUUUUGCAAACUGAAAUCACAGUCAAUCAUAGAAAUGCGUAGGGUAAUUGUUCCAAAAAGUGAUGUGUUUACUUUUUGUAUCUCACUGCGUAGUAAGUUAGUAGUUAGUAGUUGCGUAGUUUUCCUUAAGUAACAACAAUUCGGUUUGUUGUAUGCGGUUUGUUACAUUAAAUAUCACUGCGUUUUCCUCUGCGUGGCAGAGUCAAAAAGAACCUUUUAAUAUAAUAUUUUACCGCCUCAUUUCACCAAGUGCCAAUAACAAGGAAAACAGAGGUAUCCAAUUGGUAGAGAUCAAUGCUGGUCAAUCAACGUUGAACCAAUGGCAAUGGAGAGCUCAAGCUAUACAAUCAAGUCCGGUCCACACCUUGAAUUAAACCCUACCUGUAAUUUCACCUUCCGGUGAUUUCUGUCUGUAGCAAACUACAACAGCCAAUUUUACUGUAUGGUCAUUGUUAUUGGUUACGAAGGUAUUUAUCAGCAGAUGAGAUCACUUUGAUUUACAAUUAUUUAAAAGAAAAACAUUCCAGAUUCUUGACAAAUAAUUAAAAACUCAAUAACGAGAUCUCAUCAUGAAUCAAAAAAUUAAAUUAAAGUGAAAGAAGUUGAAAUAAAUCACAUUGGGUAUUUUUUUGGUUCAGAUCCUAAAUGUUCUAAAUAAUGUCUAAUAUGUCUAAUAAAUAAUAAAUGUCUUUUUGUUAUAAAUACGUUUCUCCCAUCUGUAUCUGUACAUCUGCUGACCCCCUGACUGGGCCACACCUUCUGACCGCUUGUGCACGGCCCAAGAGGGUUUGGUGGGGGCAGCGAGCUGUUGGCAGGGGAGCCGUGGACUACAGAACAGUAUCCACCGGGAUGAAAUGCAAUAGGAUUUAUUGACCAUUCCAUAUUUUUUUCCUGAUAGUCCAUUAAUUAGUUAUCGGUUAGCUUAUAAAAGUAGCUACGAGGGUCAUAAAGCCAAUGUCGGUUGCUAAACAUCUGUGUGUACAGCAGGUUUGUGGUGUGUUAUGUUAAUGGUCCGUAGCUAAUUUGGUUAAACGUCUGAAUGUUUAUUAAUCUGAGAUUUUAGGAGGUGAGCAGAUAGUCAGAUGUCACUAAUGUUCCUAUUGAUUGUCAGUCUGAUUGUUUGUAGAGAUUAAUUGAUUGCUUAUUUAAUCUUCUGCCGCCACUCAGUUUUGUGCAUUUGUAAUUUUCCAUUCAUUGUUUUCAUUAUAUAUUUUAUUUCAUUUUUGUAUUUGAUGUAAAGCGGAAUAAAGCUUGUGUGAAUGUAAAAAAACUGUAGGUUUAUGUAAAAUGCCACUGUGUUGUUUAAUCGCUGACUGCAGUACAAUGUGUAAAGCAAUUGUGCUAAUCAUACAUUUUAAGCUUCUUCUGGUGAAUCUGUUAUAUAAAAAUGUCUAAUGCCGCAGCUGUGCUUCAAGCCUGACGUUAAUUGUUGGCAAAAAAUAAACAAAAUUAAAUAAAGUCCAGAGAAAACUG